UUGCCUUUCCCUCCUUCCUUUGAGGGCUUUAAAAAAAAAAAAAGUUCGCCGCUUAGGCUCCGCCCCCUUCCCAGGCUAAGAGAAGCCAGAGUUUGAUCUGAGAACAUCGGCUCGGAGGGGAAGCCACGCCCCCUUUGCCCUCGCGCCUUGUGUGUGUGUGUGUGUCUCUCUCUCUCUCAUUCUCCUCAGCGCCCCGCGCCCCUCCCCCCUCAGGCCGGAGCCCAUCUGUUUCUGCGGCGGAGGGUCUGUCUGUCGAAGGAGGCAUUGUCGGGCGGGAGAUGGGUCCGCGCCUGAGGAGAAGCCCCAUGAGGAGGAGCCGGCGCGGAGGAGGCGGCAGCUGAGGGGAAAAGGCCGGAGAGAAAGCGGGUAAAGAAGAGGGGCUCCCGCGCGGCGAUGUGCCCCGAAGAGGACGGGGGGUGCGGAGGAGCCUCGGCGGCGGCGGCGGUGGUGAUCUCUACCUCUUCGGCCGGGAGUGGAGGCCCUGAGGGGACACUGACGGCAACGGGUCUCCUGAGCGAGCUGCGCUCCUGGUGGGAAGUGCCGGCCAUCGCUCACUUCUGCUCCCUCUUCAGGACCGCCUUCCGGCUCCCCGACUUCGAGAUCGAGGAACUUGAAGCAGCUCUUUACAGUGAUGAUGUGGAGUUCAUCAGUGAUCUCAUUGCCUGUCUUCUUCAGGGUUGUUAUCAACGCAGUGACAUUACAUCUCAGACAUUUCAUGGCUACCUUGAAGAUAUCAUCAACUAUCGCUGGGAAUUGGAAGAAGGCAAGCCCAAUCCCCUACGAGAAACUGCUUUCCAGGAACUUCCAUUACGCACCCGCGUGGAGAUACUGCAUCGCCUUUGUGAUUACCGGCUAGAUGCUGAUGAUGUGUUUGACCUACUCAAGGGUCUAGAUGCAGAUAGCCUCCGGGUGGAACCGUUGGGUGAGGAUAGCAAUGGUGCCCUCUACUGGUAUUUUUAUGGCACUCGAAUGUACAAAGAGGAACCAGUGAAAUCAAAUGGAGAGCUAUCUUCAAACAGGGGAUGCGAGGCACAGACUGACACUCCAAUGGUUCCAGAAAAAAUAGUGAAAAGACGAGGCCGACCUCCAAAACGGAAAAAAUUGCUAGAGGAGAAUAUAUUGAGGGAGAAGACAGAAGAAAAUGUACCUGUGCAUGAUUCACAACUGAGAAAUGGUUCUAAAGGACCAGGUCAUGGAACAUGGUGGCUGCUAUGUCAAACAGAAGAAGAAUGGAGACAAGUCACAGAGAGCUUCAGAGAAAGAACAUCUUUAAGAGAGAGACAGCUCUACAAACUUCUGAGUGAAGACUUUUUGCCAGAGAUCUGCAACAUGAUUGCACAAAAGGAGAAACGACUUCAACAAAUGGAAUAUUCUCCCAGAUGGAUGUCUGACCAUCAGCAUAUCAAACCAGUUCGACAGGAGGUAACCCCAAUGAUGUUUGGCAGAACAGAGAAGCAGAAACGAAAAGAAGAAGAGGAGGAGCGUCAGAUCCUCCUGGCAGUUCAGAAAAGGGAACAGGAACAAAUGUUAAAAGAAGAGAGGAGACGAGAAAUGGAAGAGAAAGUCAAAGCUGUAGAAGAACGAGCCAAAAGAAGGAAGCUCAGAGAAGAACGGGCAUGGUUGCUAGCCCAGGGAAAAGAGCUUCCCCCUGAACUUUCUCACCUGGAUCCCAGCUCACCCACUAGGGAUGAAAGGAAGACCAAAGACCUUUUUGAAUUGGAUGAUGAGUUCACUGCCAUGUACAAAGUUCUCGAUGUGGUGAAAGCCCACAAGGACUCCUGGCCAUUCUUGGAGCCUGUUGAUGAAUCUUAUGCUCCAAAUUAUUACCAGAUCAUUAAGGCUCCCAUGGAUAUCUGUAGCAUGGAGAAGAAGCUAAAUGCAGGUCAAUACUACACUAAGGAAGAAUUUAUGGGUGACAUGAAGAUCAUGUUCAGGAACUGCCUUAAAUAUAACGGUGAAAACAGUGAAUAUACUAAAAUGGCUUAUAACUUAGAAAGAUGCUUCCACCGGGCAAUGAUGAAGCAUUUCCCUGGAGAAGAUGGUGACACAGAUGAUGAGUUCUGGAUUAGAGAGGAUGGGAAGCGUGAGAAAAGAAGCCGUCGGACUAUACGUUCUAGUACAGGAAAUGUAUGGACUCGAUCAAGGGAGUCUGAAGGGUCCGGCAAGAAACAACAGCAUAUACAAAAUGGAGGAAAACUUCCACCUCACAAGGCAAAACAUAGAGUUUCUGCUUCUUCCUCUCCUCCUUUCCUCUUGUUUACAGAGGAUCCAAGUAGCAGCUCAAGUCAGCCUUCUGGAGAGGCGGUGUCUCCCAAUGGCCGAGGCUUCUUGCGUUCACACCACUAUGGUGGAAUGCCCAGUCGCAUAUCCCAUCCAGGACAGGUGAGGGCAGCAGUACCAGGAACGUUUAGUGUUCUGCGUGUAUCAAAUUCAACAAAACCAUAUGGAUCACCUCGAGUACCAGAACCACAUCCUGGUGACCCAGGUCAUCAGCAACAGCACUUUGCUAUACAGCCUACAGGUGGAUUGAAUGAUCCCAGAGGACAUCAGCUUACUGUUUCAGAGAAACAAGUAUGUGCUGGACCAAUGCACAUCUCCACAAUAGGACCACCUGGAUCCCUGCAGUUUGGUCGAAUGAAUGGUCCCCCCUCAGAGGCCAGUAUGUACUCACCUUCUCAGUUCCAGCAAGGAUUUAUUUCUCCAAGGCACAAUGGACCCCCUCUGAGACAACCAGAGACCUCAGAACCUCACCCUGGCCAUAUGUAUAGACCUUAUAAAUACUUUAACCACACACAUCCUGCUGUGUGGAAUGGAAGCCAUGAUGCAGCAAAUCAGAUGGCCCUAGGCAUAGAUAAGAAAUCUGCAAUGGGUCCAUGCUCCCCUCUGCCACCUCAUGCUUUGAGCCACAUGAUGGAACCUCGAGCAUUGAGACCACCUUUGCCAUCUAAUCAGUGGACUGAGCAAGCCAAUUUCCUACCUCAUGGAGCUCCACCUUCAGGAUAUAUUAGACAACCAGGAAAAAGCCCUGGUCAGCGAAUGCAACAGCAGCUGCCACCUUCUUUAUUUGGGCCUGCACCUCAAAUGCAGAGAGGGGCUCAGGGUGGGGAUUCCAUGAUGGACAGUCCAGAAAUGAUUGCCAUGCAGCAGCUGUCGUCCCGGGUAUGCCCACCUGGUGUGCCUUAUCAUCCUCGUCAGCCUCCUCCUCCACACUUACCAGGACCAUUUCCACAACUGGCCCAUGUGGCCACUACAAAUGUUCAACAUCCAAAACCAAUUCUAGGGAAUGGGAAUUCUCAGGAUACCACUCAGACAGCAGAGCCAGAAGACAAUGGAGUGGAACCUCCACCAGGAGUGGAAAAGAAAACUCAAUGUAUUGGCCUUUCUGAAGGAACUUACCCCAAGCUACUACCUCAUUCCAAGCCACUUUUGCAAAUGAAUUAUUCCAGGCAGAACUUGAAACAGGAAGGGGAGGGAGACGAUUCUGAAACUAAAAACGAUCCAAAAGCAACACAGAGCAAGAGCAUGUGGCCGUCAGAAAGUAGCUAUACAAGUGCACUAGCCCAGGGGUGUGUGCGGGAUGUUGUAACAGCAACAGAAAGAGGACCUGUGCCUGAAAAUGGAGCUGUCAGUGAAGGGCCAUCCAGUGGUGCAGAAGGGAAAACAGUGGCUACGAAUAUAAUGGAUAACCCCCGUUGCACUAUGGGGAAAAAUCAUUUGGAAACAACUGUGCCUUGCAUGGGACAGGGCACCAGUGUACCUGUUGGUAUAGAUGGAAGUCCAGUGGGAGGCAGUUCUGGUCAGUUUGCCCCAUUCUAUAUGCCCAAUGUGGAGUAUCCAAAUUCAGCCACGCAUUACCACAUCAAUCCAGGAUUGCAGGGAUUCCGUCCUAUGGUGGGAGGGAAGUCCACUCCAAUGUCCCAUUCACAGCAUUUUUCUGCCCGGGGCCUUCAGCCCAAUAAUAACAACCAUGGUGUUUUUCCGCGUUACCGUCCCCACCAGGGAAUGCCAUACCCUUACCAGACACAACCUUCUCCUUCGUAUCACCACUACCAACAGCCUCCUUACUAUACUUGUCCCCAAGGUUAUUCAGAAUGGCAAAGGCCAUUUCCACCCCAGUCAAAUCCUGCUGGACAUCCACAUACACAGUCACCUCUGGCCAGGCCUCCUUUCUCAGACAGAGGGACCACGGACAUGCAGGGUUGUGAAGUACUUAGUACAGCUUUGGCUUCCCCAAACCUAAUAGACACGACAGCCACCAAAGACAUUCCAAACAGUGAGCAAGAGCUGCCAUCGGAGGCUGAGAAACCAGAGGAGUCUCAAGAAAGGCCUGAGAGUCCUAAAGAAUUCCUUGAUUUGGACAACCAUAAUGCAGCCACCAAGAGACAGAGAUCAGUUGCAACAGGAGAGUACUUGUAUGGUUCUCCCCCACCACCCAUAAACUCUUCAGGGCUUGGAUUUGGCCCAUCUGCUUUCCCACACCAUGGUGUCAUGUUGCAAACAGGGCCAUCCUAUUCAUCGCGACAUCCAGCCAGUCACUUCCAGCCCAGGGCUUAUGGAUCAUCAGUGAAUACAUGCUUGUCAUCUCAUCCACCCACUAGCCAUCCUAAUGGCCUUGUUCAUGAAGGAUCUUUGUAUCGUUGCCGAGAAGACAAUGUGGGCCACUUCCAGGCCUUAGUGAUGGAACAGACAGGACGUGGAGGAGGCAUGGGAGGACUCUCUACUGAUCUGUAUAGAACAGCAGGAAUGCAAAUGCACCACCCACCAGUCCCAUUCCCAAAGGUGCCUGCACCAGCACGAGACGAGCUGCCACCACAAAAACCACCAGUGUUGCCUCUAGAUCAAAGCUAGUCUAAGGAGGGACGGAUUUGAUCAAGAUGAGAGCCACAUGUGACUGGAUGAGGGAUAAAGGGAACUUUCUACCAUCUUCUUUCCCAGCAAGGUUUGACUUCCAGGAUCUGGUGGAAUACUGUACCUCGGUAGCUUUCUUUUAACAUGAAACCUCCCUUGCUCUGAGCCACCUCUACAAGCUGUCGCAAUGACACAGAAGGAGCAUCUCAGUUUAAUGACUUUUUGUCUGACCAGAGACUUCAUUGAACUUUUAAAGGGACUCUGUUUGAAGGAAAUGAAACUUUCAUAAACUGCUAAAACUCAGGUAUAUUGUUCAGGGUGAAAAACAGGAGACUAUAGAAAGUACUUGUAUUAAUUUGUGCAUUUGGAAAGGAAUCCAGUUUACAGAUGUUUUUAACCUAUUGCCUUUAAAAAGUCUUUCUGUUGGUGAAUGUAUUGUAUGUUAUUAGGGUGGGACUGGUUGGCCCCAAAUGUUGUGGGCAUAGCACUGGGAAUAUCAUAAACUGUUUACAAUCAUUUCACAUUGAAAUCUUUCAGGAGAGGGUGGAUGCAGGAGAUAGUUUUCUUUUGGUUGGCACCGCUCGCAGUAAUCUAGGGCUGAAGUACGAUUUAAUGAUUGAAGUUAGGAGUUGCUCAGAAGAAUUCAGUGCUCCCCUCUCCUGCCUAUAGAUCAUAUGCACUGCCAGUUCUGUCAUUAUAGGAACAAGAAAAUCAGGAACUAGAAUUUCUAGAGAACUGGAAAUUCCAUAGAAAUUCAUCAUUUUCUAAAUAUUUACAAUUGGAAAUAAUAUGACAUUAAGUAUUAAAAUCUUAAUUCAUAAGACACAGGGACAGGAAGUUCUAGAAUAUAGGAAACCCUUCUGAGACAGCUUUAGCACAACCACUGUAUCUUUCAACUAAGGCAAAGAAGGGAUCUAUAAUGACUACUUAGUCUCAAACUAAUUUGUAACGAUCCUAUAAGAACAAUUCAGAAAUUGAGAUCCUUCCUCUUCAUUUCAGCUGUUUGAUGUUGAAAGAUGGAAAGAUGGUUUAUAUAAAAAAGAAACAACUUUUGAUUCGUAUUUUAGCUCAGAAGCGUGCAAGCUGAGGGGAUGGAGAAUGCAAGCCAGAACUUUCUCUGUUUUGCAAAUACAAUAUAUGUUAGAGACUUCAGAAGCAAAUAUUUUGCCUAAAUGGGAAAUAUGUCAAAUAGAGUAAACUGUCAGAUAGCAAUACUGAGCUUUCAAGAACAGGAAAUAUUGCUGAUGUGUUGGCAGACUUAUAUGAAAAUAUUAGAAGAGGAGACAAGGGGAUAUUACAGAUCUGUAUAACAGUACAUGAUGCACUCUUCUGUAAAAUCUGUGACAUUGCUGUCAUUUGUCAAUUCUAGCAUGCAGGAGCAUAAUAGGCAUGAAAACAAUCUAAAACAAUCAUAAGAAGAAAGGUACUCAUUUCUACUUAGUGUAUAACAUGAUGCUCUGAUUUGUCUUGAAUGAAUUUGUGGUCCAAAUUUUAAUGCAAAUUCAGAAAGAGCACAAAUAUGAUGGAUGCUUUAAAUCUGACUCCUUUUUUAUUUAGAUUAUGGUUGAAUUGAGAUUUGAACAAAGCCUUGAGAGAAAUGUUUCCUUUUUCUUUCUCUCUUCUUAGUAUUCCCUUUUUCCUUUCAGAGCAUGAAAAAUUUUGUAACUGCAAUUAUCUGUUGAGAUUCACUUGUGGUUACAGGAAUGGAUGCUUUUACCAGCAAAAACAUGUUGACAGUAGUUUGCUCUCAGUCCCACAACUGGUACAAUUUCAAGGUCAAGUUACAGACAGAUUCAAAGCUACAUUGCUAGUGGUCUAUUUUGUUACGCUCAGAUAAGUAAGACAGGUCAGCAGCCCAAUUAAUUUGAGUGUAUGCAUAUAAAUAUGUAUAAAUGUUCCUUAUUUCAAAUAGUGUUUUCUCUGUCUUGGAACGGAAAGGAGGCCGGCUAUCUUGAACAUGUUCUGCCUCAUCUGAGAGAGAAGGCAAGGCUUCAACCAAACAGCAAUGAUGAUGAUUAAUUUUUAUGCAUCUCUUCCUGUGGAUUGAGAUGGAAAACAACAAAAGCUUAAAACACAGUUAUCAGUGAAAAACACAUCAACAAGUUAAGAAUAUAUGACAUCAGUUAAAGAACAAUAUCAACAAUCAAUCCAUACUUUAACAUUCAUAAUUUUAUUUUUCUUAAGUUUGAAAAUGUAACAGAAAGCGAUUGCUAUUUCCUAGUUUUCCAGUUAGUGACUGAGUAGUCUGUGAGACCUUUUAUGACUCAGUUAUAGAUUGGUUGAUAAUGGUUUCCAAAGCUUUUGCAUAUCAUAAUGAGGAAACUGUUUCAAACAGUAGCCUUCCACAUCUAACCAUCUGUGUCUGUUUAAUGCACAGAUGGGGUGCAUCACAUUCUAAACGUGGAAGAACAAAAUCAAACCCUGCCACAUAAAGACUUUUAUUUCUCUCUCAGCUAUGGAGGUGGGGGAAUAUAUCCUUUAUCUGAAAAUAUAUUUGCUCUUAAUUGCACUUUUACAAUUUUGAACAUAAAGAGAACACAUUGCUAGGCCACACUAAUCUUGGAAAUGUUACUUAACCAGUCCCAAAGAUUUGGUUACUUUCAGUCAAUAAUACUACAAAUUCUGAGGUAAAAACAGUAGCAUUUGAAAAGGUCAGUUCCCUGCCAUUUUUCAUCCCCAAGGGAAACAUUUACUAAAGCUUGCCUUUAUUGACUACAAUUUGACAAAAUAAGGGCUGAUUCGGUCAGAACUUUUGCAGUAUUCAAGUAUUACUUUAUAGAUGAGGAGAAUGCAGAACGUAAAGGCAAGGUUUUAUAAUGUCAGAAUGCUCAGCUGCUCUGAAGAACAAGGAGGAGGAAAAGCAAACAAGAAAAUGGAACUACUAAAUUCAUGUUAGGAAUAUGGGAGUGGAAAUGAUGAGCUUUUGAUUCAGGAUCCAGAUACAUAGCAAACUCCACCCCUCUCCAAAAUAAAUGUGAGCACAGGGUAGAGGCAUGUCCUAUUAUUCAUGAUAGAUUUGGGGGUUCUUUGAAGCUAUAGCAGCUAGGCAUUUCACCCAACUGGAGGCACACUAGCCCCUCCCCCCCAAUUUUUUUGGAGUCAACAUUAGUUUCAUAGGUGCUCAUAACUUUCUGCUUAUUUUGAGUAUUUUCCAAGCCCAAGAAAUUAGUUAGAUAUUAGACCAUCCUUCUUGCAUAUUAUGAGAGGGUAAGUGGUGAGCUGCCAAGAGUGGACAAAAUUUUGAAAUUUGGUUAUGAAUCAUUGCUGGAGAAAUAGAGAGAAAAACUAAGUGACAAAGUAACAAAAAUGUUUCCUGCUGAUCAAAUAUUUGUCAAAGAUGUGCUUCAUGGCAACAUUAAUGUUUCUUGAUAUAAAUUCAGGUGUUGAUGAAGAAUGAAGAGAGAACAUUAGAUAUCAUGACUGAGGGACUAAGCAUAGAUCUCAUGUUUUGGUGUUUGGCAAGGAGUUCUAUGUGCUGUCAAAUUUUGCAAAUUUUGUACAUUUAUUUAGCAACAACAUCAUAAUUGUUUCUUAUUAGGUGGUUAGCAAAGGCUUCCAAAUUUCUGGUGUGUUCUGUACCAUUUAGUAAUAGAAGACCCAUAAAGAACUCUUAACUUUGGAUGAUCAGUUCUCCUAACACAAAUAUGAAUACCGCCCUGUUGCUUACCAACUGACCACAAGAUGUCACUGCUAUACAAAAUCCAUUAAACAGCAAGAGCUUCCAAAUAUUUUGGCCCCGACUUCUCCCUCCAAUUGAUGCACAUGCAAGUUAUAAGCAAUAGUUCGUAUAAUAAUCUGUGCACCUACAAAUGUUGGUGCUUUGUUCUUCCAUGCUAGUUGAUUGCACACUGUAUCCUAAUAGAAUUAUUUAGCAAUAAAAGCAUCCUAGUGAUUCUUUUUCCUUGUCACUAGUUGAAAGUAAAGUUAUAUCAUCAAUGUGGCAGGAAUCUAUUGCUGGUGCCUGAAGACUGUUUUUGACAUCUAAUAAUUGCAUUGCUAGAGUGGCUAGAAUUAAAUUUUCCCCCUGUCCGCAUUCUACAUUUUACAACAAAAAGUUGUGUUUUCAUGUUUUCACUAUUCUCUUUUUCUGCUGGAUAGCCUCUUACUGUACUGGUGAAUUUUAUCAAAGGGCAAUAAGAAGGAUUUUCUCAUGGUCAUUAAAAAGGAUAAGAGUUUCUAACUAGGAACAGAAAAAGGAAGACCCCUGUUGCCAGGGAAUAUAUUGGGUCUGUGACCUGAGUAUUUGCAAGAAUACUCCAAUUUCCAAUUGAAGUAGUUGAGUUUUGAUGAUGCUUUGCAUAUUUUCAUCAUUCCUGAAAUAUUAUUUUCUGGGUUAUUUGAAUUGUGGGUUGUGUUGGACUGUAUUAUUGUAAUUAUGAUUGUAAAGAAUGUAAUUUGCCUAUCUUAGGGCAUAAGGAGAGAGGAGAAUGUUCCUAUGGGUGGACACAUAUUUUAUUUGAUGUUUGCCUGUUUGGAGGCCUUGCAAGUUGGUUCCUUGUCUGUGUCAAAAAAAAGACUGUGAACCACAAUUGUAAGAGGCUUCUCAUCAUCAAGCUGUGAACAUAUAUCACUGAUAAACUCUGGGAGGAAUUUAACAAGCUCUAGACUGCACAUGGCAGUGUUUGGCUGAGCAAAUGAAGUCGUCAUCUGGGCUUCGGAAGAGAGUCUGCUUGAGCCUUUUAUGCCAGAACAAACUGAACUUGUUCAUGUGGUAGGAGACUUCCGUCAAGAGAGCCCAUCAUUUGAGAGUUGACACCUGAUAUAAGAGUGACUGACUGAAUUCUUCCCCAUAUGCUCCUCUUUUCCCCCAGCUGGGGCUCAGGUACCUCACUCAACUGCCUUUUCUGCUGCUCCUGAAAAGCCCUGAUCACUUUGCCUGCCCAUGGAGCAUCGCAUCAGGGAUCCUUUCCCUCUCCGCUUUUGCUACUGCAAAGAGCUAGGUUUGAACUCUCCUGGUCUAUAGUGGAAAGGGGAUUGCUAUUUAUUUUUUUAUUGUGUAUAUUUUGUCUUUGUCUACUGAUUCCCUGAGAGUGACAGUUACCUCAAUAGUUAGGCUAAUAUUGUGUAUUUGGGUAAUUUUUUUAAGGAUCCUUUUUUUAAAAAGCUUGAUCCUUGGAGAUCUGUAGAUUUUAUUUCCAUAAGAAGUUGUUAUUUUGUAUAAAGUAUGUUCUUAAAAUAGCA